ACUGACACUACUCGAUGAAAAUCGAGACAUAUCCACGGUAGCCAGAUAGAUCUACAACGCAUACAAACGUAAAGCGCAAUCGAACAUGACCCCGCUCCCCUCCCCGGGUGCCAUCGACUCCAUAAGCAGAGUCAUCGACGGCAUCGUCGAUCCCCCACAGCCAUCGGGGCCUUACCGAGCCUGGGGCCGACCGACUUGCCAUUCGAGCGAUGUAGCUCUGGAAACGCCCAGCCCCGUCUUCGUGUCCCGCUUCCAAGGCCGCAGAAGUGGUGAGAGAAAAUAUGGCAGGAGCGACUUGGACCACCUUAGCCAGCGAGGCGUGUGUGUACGCCAGCUAGCUAGCCAGCCCGCCCGUCCAUACAUCGUGGGAAGCUUCUCCUCGGACGCUUUCAUCUCUUUCCCCAUCCAGACCGGUCACGGGCGGAUCCCUCCACAGCCGCAACAGGAGCUGCAUCGCUUGAUGAUGAGACCUUGAACUGGACAAGCGCAGGGGCAAGGUCAGAGAUACCGAGAAAGCACGGAUCGGCCUGAUGCCCCUGAUCGGCUCCUGUCUUCGCGCGACCCCCUAUCAUCGGUCACAGUACUGUGCGGUGGAACCGACAACGCCAAGUUUGGCAGCCCGCGAUGUCUCGCCUUGUCCUUGUCUGCCUAUAAUGGCGUGCGUCGAAGGG